GGAAAUUACCCAUUUAUCCCAAUGAGCUCGGGUUCUUUUCUUGAUAGACAAGUCGAGAAAUUUUACUGGGAACCCGAUUAAAGCCUCCUCUCCUUCCUCCGUUCUCUCGUCGAGUUGGGUACUGGGUAGAGAACUUCAGUCCAGCGAUCUGCCCCAAUUCCCAAUACCACAAGUUCUUCGCAUUCUGCCGGCAAUGUCGACCGACGCCGAAGAAGCGGGAAGGCGGCGCACGGCGGUCGCCGAGUACAGGAAGAAGCUCCUCCAGCACAAGGAACUCGAAUCUAGAGUCCGCGCAGUGAGAGAGAGUCUGCGAGCGUCAAAGAAGGAAUUUGCCAAAACUGAGGACGAUCUGAAGUCACUGCAGAGUGUUGGACAGAUCAUUGGUGAAGUGCUCAGGCCACUUGACAAUGAACGCAUGAUAGUUAAAGCAAGCAGUGGCCCAAGGUAUGUGGUUGGCUGCCGCAAUAAGGUAGACAAAGAAAAACUAACUGCCGGGACUCGGGUGGUCCUUGAUAUGACCACUCUGACAAUCAUGAGGGCUCUUCCCCGUGAAGUUGAUCCAGUCGUAUAUAACAUGCUCCAUGAAGACCCAGGCAAUGUUAGCUACUCAGCUGUUGGAGGGUUGGGGGAUCAAAUUCGAGAGCUCAGGGAAUCUAUAGAACUUCCCCUCAUGAAUCCUGAACUCUUCUUGAGAGUUGGUAUUAAGCCUCCUAAGGUAAAUUUAUUGAGUCCUACAAUUGCUGCCAUGAAACCUCCUGGAACUGGGAAGACAUUGUUAGCCAGGGCAAUUGCCAGCAACAUCGAUGCGAACUUCUUGAAGGUUGUUUCUAGUGCUAUCAUUGACAAGUACAUUGGGGAAAGUGCAAGGUUGAUUCGUGAAAUGUUUGGUUAUGCUCGUGAUCAUCAACCAUGCAUCAUAUUUAUGGAUGAAAUCGAUGCCAUUGGUGGACGUCGUUUCAGCGAGGGAACAAGUGCUGACCGUGAAAUUCAAAGAACCCUUAUGGAGCUGCUUAAUCAAUUAGAUGGGUUCGACCAACUGGGGAAGGUUAAAAUGAUCAUGGCCACCAACAGGCCAGAUGUUUUGGACCCUGCUCUUCUUCGUCCAGGCCGUCUAGACAGAAAGAUUGAGAUUCCAUUGCCAAAUGAGCAGUCAAGGAUGGAAAUUCUGAAAAUCCAUGCUGCCGGCAUUGCCAAGCAUGGUGAAAUCGACUAUGAAGCCGUCGUGAAACUAGCUGAGGGGUUCAAUGGUGCUGAUCUCCGUAACGUAUGUACUGAAGCUGGGAUGUCUGCAAUCCGUGCAGAACGUGAUUAUGUCAUCCAUGAAGAUUUCAUGAAGGCUGUGAGGAAGUUGAAUGAAGCCAAGAAACUUGAAUCAAGUUCUCACUACAAUGCUGAUUUUGGAAAGGAGUAAUUAGUUUUAAGAGAACAGCCUGUUUGUUUCCUAGUUUCAUUUUCUUAUUUUUCUGUACUGAAUUAUGUUUAAGCUGCGGGGAAGAAGAAAGCCAAAUCUUCUACCCAAUAGUGUACUAUCGACUGUUGGUUGUCUGAAACAUUUGCGUUCUAAAGAUCCAACCGAAUCCUCUGCAACUUCGUAGUUCUUCAUUUGAUGUGUUACUUCGAUGAUUAUACUGGAUGGUUGAGUCUGAAAGGCUAAGUGCCCGAGUUACAGAAUUCGAUUUUGGCUAAUGUUAUCAUACGACGUCGUUUCUUGUUUUGUGCAGUAUUGUAAUCUGGAGCCAAAAUCUCUGAUCCACUAUGAACCAAUAAGCCACUGCCAAGUCACCCUCCCAAAAUCGUUCUUCCCACCAUUUCCAUCCUCACAAUAAGAUCCAUUCCUACCCAAUUCCCCACUCACUACUCCUUCCAUCUCCAAUCUUCACUUGAACCAAACAGAGACCCAAAUCCCCAACCAAACCAGAAAACAAUGGCGGCAAGUUCAGCUCUGUUCCUCACCCCAACCAUCCAAUCCCCAAAACACCAGAGCCUCUCCCCUUCCACCAUCUCCUUCCAGGGCCUCCGCCCUCUCCGGCUAACUUCCACCGCCGCCGCCAGAACCUCCUUCCCAAGCCUCACCUCGCGGCGGAGCAUGGCCGUGAAAGCAGAGCUGAACCCAUCUCUGGUGAUAAGCUUGAGCACGGGUCUGUCUCUGUUUCUGGGCCGGUUCGUGUUCUUCAACUUCCAGAGGGAGAACGUGGCGAAACAGGGUUUGCCGGAGCAGAACGGGAAAACCCACUUCGAGGCUGGAGAUGUUAGGGCUAAGGAAUACGUUAGCUUGCUGAAAUCGAACGAUCCAGUGGGUUUUAACAUCGUGGAUGUUCUUGCUUGGGGGUCGAUUGGCCAUAUUGUGGCUUACUACAUCUUGGCCACCACCAGCAAUGGCUACGACCCCAGUUUCUUUUGAGUGAAUUUUUUUGUUUUGCUAAGUGUAAUUAACUAUUGUGUUUCAAUGUGAAUUGCAGCAGUGAUUCUCUUGGUUCCAACCCUCAUCCUCUUUAACCUUUUGUGUUUGUGCUGUGUUUGUGGAAAGAAAGGUUGUUGAUUUGGAGUGUUGGAUUAGAGAUUUAUCGUCAUUUUUUGGUGUUUUGAUAGCGCUCUGGCAUGGCCAAUGCAAGGUCAUUGGUAGAAUCUGAAUUUCGACGUUGUAUUGAAAUCUUAUCUAUCGUACUAUUCGAUGCUGUUAGGAUAGACUAGUUUCUAAGUGUUCUAUCAGAACCUUAAUAGAUGAACUAGUUUAUCACAUUCGUAACAUAUCGAUAU